AUGCAUUCACACUUUGAAAUUGUUAGUGAAAAUGAAUCUGAUUCAGAAGAUGGAGUUUGCAUUGAUGCAUUGUUCAAAAAUCAAACAAGGAAUGAGGAUUGGAAAAUUGAAGUUGAAAUAAAUGAAGACUUGGUGCAACUCAAACUUGACAUAGGUGCACAGUGCAGUGUGAUUUCAAAAGACUUUUAUAAAUCCUUGGGAGGAAGACAACUACACAAGUCACGUGUGAAAUUAAUUUCAUACUCUGGACAUAAGUUACAACCAAUGGGGAAAACUAUCCUAUCGGUUGGAUACAAAUCACAGUUCUACACUCUUGAAUUUCAAGUUGUUGAUGCCGAUGUUGUUCCAAUAUUGGGGUUACAAGCUUGUACUGAACUUAAUUUGAUCAAAAAAAAAUUCACCGUGUUUGAUGAUGUUCAAAAUAAGGAAAACAGUGAUGUUCCAAAUUACAAAGAAAUUGUGAAUGGAUCAAAAGAAUUGUUUCAUGGACUUGGUAAAAUUAAAGGAGUGAAACACCAUAUUGUGAUUAACCAAGAUGCCAAACCAGUUGUACACCCUCCAAGAAAAAUUCCAUUUACACUUUAA